AUCAUUGCUGCCAACAGAGAAGGAUUGUUCUCCUGUGCUGGCUACUUGUCUAUCUAUUAUGCUGGUAUGGAACUAGGAAGAUUAAUAUUUAUGGAUGAAAAUAACAGACGAAGAGAGAAGUCAUCAGAUUAUUACAUCAUAGGGCUGUUACUAUUAAUAGCAUCAGUGCUCAGUAUUUUAAGUACUGUUGCUUCCACUGGCUGGAUAGAGCCUGUCUCAAGGAGGAUGGCUAAUAUUACCUUCAUACUCUGGAUAAUAUCAAUUGGUGCCAAUUACCUGUUUAUGGCUUACCUCAUUGACUUGCUAGUAUUCUAUAUUAUGAGUAUUACUCUUCCAGUUCAUUCAGUAUCACCUCUUUAUGACUUCAUCUACUCUUCUCCUACUACCCACUAUUGUUUAAUCUCCUCCAUUGAUUACAAUCAGUUCCUCUUCUUCAUCAUAGCUAACAUAUCCACUGGAUUAGUUAAUGUUUCCAUCAAUACAAUGGCCACUGGCUGGUUGGUCUCCUUUCUGUUGAUUUCAUUGCAUAUAAUGUUAAUAUCACUGAUAGUUAUUGUAUUGAAGAAACUCUCUUUAAAAUUAAUGUAAUUUCUCAUUAAUUUUUUUGUUCAACUUGUCAUGUGAGCUCACGUGUUUUAAGUAUA